AUGUGGGCCGCACUGACCUGCGUCUCCCUCUCCCUCUGCCUCUCCCUCCCGGGCUGUGGCGGUGACGGGCUGAGCGGCGCGGCGGCGGCGGCGACACCCGCCCGAGAGCGGCUCCAGCGGCCCCCGGGCCACAGCUCAGGGACCAUAUUUACCUUGAAGGUGCAAAUAAACGAUGCGGUCACUCGCCAUUAUCUACAAGAGGCCCACGUCGAUGUCUUUGUUAAUCACACAAAGACCAACUCUGCGUUCACUGAAGACAGCGGAGGUGUGGUCUUCAGAGUACCUUAUGAACUGGGCCUUACCCUGACUGUCACAGCUAGCAAAGGAGGCUACGUGCUAACAUCUUUGCCUUGGAAAACCAGAAGAGUGCCAGUGUUUGCAGCUGUAACCCUUUCAAUGCUGCCACAAAGUCGAGCGAGUCUCUGGCUGUUUGAAGAUACCGUGUUAAUUACAGGAGGAAAAAUGGGUGGGUUAAAUGACAAAUCACAUCCUAGUGUCCAGUUUCCAAAGGGAUCAUUGAAAUUACCAGAAAAGAUCACUUUUUCUAAUCUAACAGCCUAUCUCACAGCUCCACAACCCCCCUGGGGUACAGACAAUUUUCUCACUACACUGGGGACUCUAAUGAACAAGUCAGGCUUGAAGAGCAUUGAGCUGACGCCUCUGGCUGCUAUCAGUGUUCAGCUAUUUUCUGCAGAAGAAGAUAUGACGGUGACUGGGCCAAUCCACAUUACAUUACCUCUGCCUCCAACACACCGAGUGAGACAUGCAGAUGCUCUUCCAGCCUGGACAUUUGACCUGAAAAUUGGUGCUUGGGUAAAUAGAGGAGUCGGAAUGGUUAAGAACGAGGGUGGACGUCUUAUAUGGAUAUAUGAAGCUCCUCAUCUGGGACACUGGAUAGCUGCCCCAUUAUCUAUAAACACAGGUUCUAUUGAUCGAAUAGCAAAGGAUAUAACUGCCUACCACAGCGUGCUGCUGGUGGCCAUCCUAGGAGGAACUGCAGUGAUCCUUGUGGGGUUCGUGGCUGUGCUCUUUUGUUACUGCAGAGGAAGGUAUUGCAAACCACGGAAGAAACGGAGAAGGAAGACUAAAAUGGAGCCAUCGAAGAAAGACCAGACCACUGCGACCACUCAUGUUAAUCUGACCCCCUCCAUUAAAGACAACUUGAAAUCUGAUGAGAACUCUGGUUCCCAACAAGCCAAGAUCCUCUCUUACAGUCCCAGGAGGGAAUUGACCAGCAAAGAAGUCGAUGACUUCUGUAAACGUGUAGGGAAAACGGCCGAAGCGAAAAACAAAGAGAGCUGCAAGAUUUACGUCGAAAACGUCACGGUUCGUUCUCGGAGAAGAUUAGGAGAAACCAGUCACCAGAGGGAACCGACCUCUCAGCAAGUAUUCAGCAGCGCUGCCGAGCUGCCCAAAAAUGCAUUGCAAAUCAAACAUAUGAAAAUGUUAGCCAAGCGAAAGGACAUCACAGAAGAGCAGUACAAGACUCUGCAUCCAACGAACGAAGAAACAUACCCACUGCCUAAUAUUUUGAACAAACAUUUUCCUAUUUACAAUCCUUCUGUCACCAUCCUGCAAACGCCAGACCACUUUCUUACUCCAGGCCAGGUUUCUAGGUCAGCAACAAUGCCUCGAAACAGGCAGAUGAUCUACAGCCCUCUGGCUGAGCCAGUAACCAGGGACAGCUACACUCAGACACUGCCUAAAAUGCCAAUGCAUUCUCAGCAGCAGGCAGAAGCCCACAGAGAACAGCAAGCUCUUCAGGCACAGCAGGAGUACAUCAAUUCCAAACAAGAGCUGGACUCCAACCCAACCAUCCCUGCUAACUGGGGGAGGUACAGUAACAAUCUGUUGGAAUCUGUGUCAGUCCCUGGCACACUGAAUGAAGCGGGAGGAAUGACUCCAUUUGCCACUGAACUGCAGGGCAUAUCUGAGCAGACCCUGUUAGAACUGACCAAAGGCAAGCCCUCACCUCACCCGAGAGCGUGGUUUGUGUCGCUGGAGGGCAAGCCGGUGCCUCAAAUCCGCCAUUCCUGCGUCAACGCCCAGAAACCGAAGAAGACGCACAGCAAUGACACCAGCCUGGAUUCCGGAGUCGAUAUGAACGAGCAUCUCAUUGGGAAGAAGCUCGAGAAAGAAAAGACUUUCGUCAAGAGUACGACUCCAUCGAAGAACCUUUACUCAGAAGAGAUGGACUUAAGCGGCAGUGAAAAUGGGACUGCGGUCUGCAGCCCGGAGGACCUAACCUUGAGGCACGUGCUGGAUGGGAAGAACGGACAGUUGGUGGAAGAGGCACUUUCUCAACAAGAAGAGCUCGGCGACAGGGGCUCGCAGCCAGAGUGCAGGCUAGGCAUGAUUCCUCAACGCAAAAAGGGGAAAAGGAAUAGUGACCAAGGAGAGGAGGAUGGUAAGAAGAGCGUUUGGCAAAAGAGAGAGGAGCGGCCACUUAUCUCUUUAAACUAAGUACAUUGUCUCUAAAUCUUCAGAUUACAAUAAAGCACAGUGUUUGUUUUGUUCACCGAGUUUGUACAGACGUUACUUUUACUAAUAUUGCAGCUCACUGUAUAUCGCUCGGAUCUCUGCGUGCAUUAAAUUCACUGUAAAUACGUCAACAGAUGGACAUUGCAAACCUUCCUGACUGACGAUGCGAAGCACUAGCUAUAUGUGCUCUUCAAAUGCUUUGCCACUUUCAACGUGUUGAAGAUCAUCUGCUCACAGUGUGCACUCUCUUUUACAUUAGGAGUCAAUCCCAUUUUUUUGUUUCUCUCUAUCUCUCACCUCUGCCACUAUCAAGAUUUAGCAAGAAAAGGAGACAAAUUAAAAGCCCAGUGGCAUUACUGCUGGGUGUCUGUUCUGUUCCUUGAAUAUCUGUCAGUAUAAAGCACUUCUUGCCAGUUGCAAUCGAGUGCCCCGAACAAGGACUGAUGUGAGACUGAUAAUCAUGUUCUAGAUGAGAUGCUGACACAGACCUGCACUCGUAUUAUAAGGACCGAGGCAAACACUGUACAGCUUCACCUGCAGACAGCUGGCAUAACCUGUUGUGUUUGAUUGUGAGAGUAAUUAAUGGCGUGGUGGAGUUUGGCAUCUGAUGCAAAUUGUUCAUUCCCAAUAUGUGAUAUAUGAUAUAGUUUUACAUUGAAAUAUACUUUUCUAAAAUGUUAAACCUUGUAUGUUUUUUUUAAAAAAAACAUAGAUUCCCAGAAGCACAAAUUUUAAGGGUUGCUGGAAAUUGUAAAGUUUGCAUGAGGCUUUGGAAGCACUGAUUUCAGGAUGCACAAAGCAACUUUCUUUUUUUUGAAAACAAAGUGGGUCUGAUGCAGAUUCAGGAAAUGUAUGGCUUCUGCAGUCUGAGAAACUGCUGUCAGUGUGGAAACAAAAAGGCAAAUAUUACAAACAAAUCUGAAAGAUUUACUGUGUUGAACGAUAUUGUAAAGCCACUUCAAUGCACAGUGCAAAGGUUCAUUUCUGACUAAAUUCUUAACAACCAAUCAUUUUGAACUUUUAUCAUUUGUUCUUAUUGUGACAGAGGUGGGUAGAAUAAACCGAGUAAAUUGCUUUUAAAAUAUUCUCUCAACCAACUUCUAAUAAACACUUAUGUCCAUUUCCAUUUUCUGAAUUCUCAUCACAAGCCCAGUUUAUUACUUUUAUUGUACAUGGAAGAAUUUGCCUUUUGAUGUGUUAUUAGUGACUAGAUUCUGUGUCUUCUAGGACUUUUGAAGCUGAUCAUUGGCUAAAAUAGCACAGAAAAGAUCAUUUAAGAUCUUUUGCAAUUUGAGUUGAAUUUUAGUUAUUAAUUUAUUAUUGCCGAUAUUCUGGUUUGCUGAUAUCAGGAGAAUUAUCUGACCAGAAUAUAACUACGUUAGUUAAAUUUGUAAUGUAAAGUUGUGUAGCUAAUGUUCAACUUAUUUUUACCUUCGCUUUGUCAGUUCGGAGUCAGUGUUUUCAGUGAGUAAAGUGCAUUGGAAUGGAAAACUUGCAUUUUCAUUUUGUUAAUUGCUGUAAUAGAAGGAGGAGUCAUUGUUUUGAAAGACCAUCAGGAAGUAAUUUAAUGUGUUAUGGUUUGAGAAAGAUGGUGUAAUUUAUUGAGUGUGUUGUCAAGCAUGGUUGCAUGUUUUCCAUACAUUGUUGUUCAUUCUCAAAGCCGGUUUUGCUAUUUAGACCGUUUUCCAUUGGUGUAGUAUUUCUAAGAACUCGUGGAAUCCAUUCAGAAUUGUUUAAAUGCACUGUUUAAAUUCCAAUAAAAUAGAAUCGUGUUUUCUUUACAU